AUGUCACGUCGUGGUGCACCAAAGGGCAGGAAGCCCCCCGGCACAGAAUUCACAUGGGACGCCGACCCUGGCGGAGAGCCAGACACAGCUCCAACGCCUAUGUUCCCUAAAUACACUGUUCCUUUGGCUCGGAAAUUGAACCCUGCAGAGCAGUCACAGGUCGACUACUACCGACAUCUACGUGAGGGCUUCCACGAGGGCCCCUAUUAUUCUGUCCUCGAUGCCUCCUCUACCAGCGCCAAGAAAGGCAGUGUCGCGCGCGUCAACUUCGAUCCGUUCCACGGCAUGCCAACUUACUCUGGACGCUAUCAAAAGAAACGGCGCACUAUCCCUAAGAUCGCCGGACGCUCGUAUGUCCUGAAAUUCUUCCCCCGCGAGCUAUGGCCAACCAUUCAGCCUAACUUCCGACCCGAUGAAAAUGCCUACCAGGUCUCAGCCACCGGGAUGAAGCGCGGGUUUGAAGAUGAGGAAGAUGAGGGUAGACCUGCGAAAGACACGUCUCUUGAUGACGAGGAAGGAGAAGAGGGUGACGAAAAGUCCGAUGAAACCCCACUGUUUGAUGAGGAGGAUGAGCAGGAUGAUGAACUUGUGGAUGAUGACUUCUCCGAGGACGAUGAUGAAAUGGGCGGCGAUUACAAUGCUGAGCAGUACUUCGAUGAUGGAGAAGAUGAUAUGGGCGACGACGAUGCUGGCGGCGGCGGCGAUGAUGACUUCUAA